CAGACGUUGCAAUCUUUUUGCUUACACAAGUUCAACCUUAUUAACAUGUGGACUGCUGAUUUCGUUACUUCAACACUUUCUCUCUUUAAAAGCUAUUCAGCAAAUUUGUUGUGGUUAUCAACUUCCCAAUUUAGGUCUUGAUCAACCAUCUUGAGUUCAAAUCUAAUUGUUUUCAAUUAGCUGUAAAAAAAAUGCCUAAGAAAGGCAACAGCUCCAAGAGGAGCAGCUCUUCGCACGCCAGUGCGGGAGCUUCGUCGUCCAAAUCUGCGAGUAAUCAAGGGAAACCAUCUGGAAGAGGUAGAGCUGAACCACUGAUUGGCUCUGAUGAAGACUCACAACAUGAUACAGCUAGUAUUAUUAGUUCCGUAUCUGAAAAUCGCAGUGUUUUAGAUGAAGGUGGUGAAGCAGAUGAAAGGACACAAGUUGAAAUACUGGAAGAUAAACUAAAGGAGUUCAUUGAUUUGACAACUCAAAAGUCUUCGCAGGGACGUGUCAAUUCCUUUGAUGCUCUUUGCAAAGCAUUUAGUGCCAAAUACAUGCCUGAUUUUGUAGCUGGUCGGCGCAUGACUCUGCUUGAUUGUGCAGAGAGGGGUAUGAAAAAAGGAAGAGGAGUAGAACAAGAAUCAGCUGCUAAACUAAUGGCUCUAUUGUGCCUUCAACUGGGAUCUGUUGCUGAUAGUGAGUCCAUUUAUAGAGACUACAAAACUUACCUUCUCUCUUUAAUGGCUGAUAAUAGUGCCAGUCCUUCUGCUCGAGCCCAGGUCAGCUCUACUUUAGGCCUCUGUACUUUUUUGGCUGAUUGCGACCUAGCCGAAAUUGUUCAAGUCAUGCUAGCCCUCGAAUGCGUCUUCAGCUCCAGUCUUCGGACUCCUGAAAAUGCGGUUAUUUCAGCUGAUGUUCUUCGUCUCUACUCGGCUGCACUUAGCGCAUGGUCUUUGUUGCUGACACUUUUGCCUCCACGUCACAUUUAUGACCUCAGUCAAACCCACAUUCGACGUCUAGUCCAAUUACUCGACUCAACUGAUGUUGAUCUGCGAAUCGGCUCUGGAGAAGCAAUUGCCCUUAUUUAUGAAGGCGCUCGUAUGUUCGAUGAAGAUUUUGGCUUUGACAUAUCCACUGAAGAAGAAGCUGAUGAUAAUGAUGGCAUUCAGGAAAGAGAUUCUGCUUCACGACAAACUACUGAAAUGGAUGAAUUAUGUACCAAACUCCGCCAGUUGGCUACCGAUUCUCAUAAAUAUAGAGCAAAGAAAGAUCGAAAACAACAACGCUCUAGUUUUCGUGACAUUCUACACGCUAUUGAGGACAAUGAGGCGCCUGACAUCCGGGUUAAAUUUGGCAAGGAAACCCUUGACAUAGAUUCGUGGGGUUGUAAACACCAAUACGAUUCCUUCUGCCAGCUACUUGGAUCCGGAAUGAACUUGCAUUUGGCGCAGAACGAUUUGCUUCGAGAGAUUUUCAAUUUAGGAAGCCCAUUAUUGGACAACGCUUCCACUGUCGUGAAGAUCAAGAAACUUGAGCGUCAUCAUAUGAAUAUGGCGGCUUUCAAAGCUCGUUCGCUUACUCGUGGGAAAAAUCGCGACAAGCGAACAGCUGUUUUUUAGAAACUAAAUGAAUCGCUGUCUUAGAAGGUUGAAAGUUAAAGGGAGUAUCAAACCGGUUUGGCCUGAGAUUUAUACCAUUUUUGUUCAUUUCUCAUCAUGACAUUGGCUUUCGAUUUAUUUCAUUUUCGAGAGGAAUUGUGAUGUUCGUCUUAUUUUGUUUUGAGUGACAUACUUUGCGCUUGGGUUAAAUAACGUGGAAGAAGGAUUUGUUCGGUCAGGCCGUUCUAGUAAGAUCUUUGCACUUUGAUCUUCAUGCGAGAUCAAACGUUAUUAUCAAUCGAAACUGAUUAUAUGUCUCACUAAAGAUUUUGUGUUGAGAUAACGUUUUUUUUAUAGGAAGUAAUGUGGGAAUUGACACUACAAACUGAUUGGUUUAAAACAUUUUGCGAAUGUUUUUCGGGAUAACAAGGAAAAAAUAGCUAUUAUUCGAACUAUGACAGUUAGCUAGUAUUACUUGCUCCCUUUAAAUGGAAAUAAAAACAUUUAUAAACUGAA